AUGUGCAGUCGGCCCAUAUUCUCGUUGGACAUCCAUCCGGAUGGCAGUCGUGUGGCCACCGGUGGUCAGGGGGACGACUCGGGCCGAGUGGUCGUCUGGAAUAUGGCUCCCAUUGUGGACGAGUCUCUGGAGGAGAGCGAAAACGUGCCCAAAGUGUUGUGUCAAAUGGACAAUCACUUGGCGUGUGUCAACUCUGUCCGCUGGUCACUCAGCGGCAAGUACUUGGCCUCAGCCGGUGAUGACAAAGUGAUUAUAGUGUGGACAAUAGGCGCCCGAUAUGCCAAUACCAAUGGCUUUGUGGGCAAUGUUGAACAGUAUCGGGCGGUCGGCACUUUGCGCGCCCAUUCGGGUGACAUUCUGGACCUGAGUUGGUCUCCCGGUGACAAUUGGUUGGCCUCGUGUUCAGUGGACAACACUAUAGUGGUGUGGAAUGCGUUGAAAUGGGGUGAAAUUGUGACCACUCUUAGGGGACACACCGGUCUCGUUAAGGGCGUGACGUGGGAUCCGAUCGGCAAAUACUUGGCCACUCAGUCGGACGACAAGUCGCUACGUAUUUGGCGAGUAAGCGAUUGGACAGAAGAGACAGUCGUGACGGAGCCGUUCCGCGAGUGCGGCGGCACAACCCACGUGUUGCGGCUCUCGUGGUCACCGGACGGCCAGUUCCUGGUGUCGGCGCACGCGAUGAACAAUUUGGGUUCAGUCGCCCAAAUCAUUGAACGCCAGAACUGGACAACGAGUCGGCCCAUAUUCUCGUUGGACAUCCAUCCGGAUGGCAGUCGUGUGGCCACCGGUGGUCAGGGGGACGACUCGGGCCGAGUGGUCGUCUGGAAUAUGGCUCCCAUUGUGGACGAGUCUCUGGAGGAGAGCGAAAACGUGCCGAAAGUGUUGUGUCAAAUGGACAAUCACUUGGCGUGUGUUAACUCUGUCCGCUGGUCACUCAGCGGCAAGUACUUGGCCUCAGCCGGUGAUGACAAAGUGAUUAUAGUGUGGACAAUAGGCGCCCGAUAUGCCAACACCAAUGGCUUUGUGGGCAAUGUUGAACAGUAUCGGGCGGUUAGCACUUUGCGCGCCCAUUCGGGUGACAUUCUGGACCUGAGUUGGUCUCCCGGUGACAAUUGGUUGGCCUCGUGUUCAGUGGACAACACGAUUGUGGUGUGGAAUGCGUUGAAAUGGGGUGAAAUUGUGACCACUCUUAGGGGACACACCGGUCUCGUUAAGGGCGUGACGUGGGAUCCGAUUGGCAAAUACUUGGCCACUCAGUCGGACGACAAGUCUCUACGUAUUUGGCGAGUAAGCGAUUGGACUGAAGAGACAGUCGUGACGGAGCCGUUCCGUGAGUGCGGCGGCACAACCCACGUGUUGCGCGAGAGCACCAGUGGCCUGCCGGUCAAGGACCACAGCCGCGUGCGCUACUUGUUAAACCCAACUCUGAAACACCCGGUGGCUUUCCCCAUCGCUUGCGUUCGGUUCAACUCAAACAUCAUGUGUUUGCCGUCCAAACAGAACCCAAAGAAAUCGCACAAAUUGUGUUGCAUUGCGAUCGGCAGUCGGGACCGAUCGCUGUCCGUUUGGAUGACAUCGCGAAAGCGGCCCAUUCUUGUCCUCCACGACCUCUUUGACAAUUCAGUUCUGGACCUCUCGUGGUCUCAGAACGGCUAUCAAUUGAUGGCCUGUUCAUGGGAUGGAAGCGUCGCUUUCAUCGAGUUUACUGAUAAAGAGAUCGGCAAUACUAUGACAUCCGAUGAGAAAGUUUUGUAUAAACAAAAACUUUACGGCAAAUCACUGAAGACAUCGUCGCCGACACACCAUCUCAUAGAAGAUCCCGAUAUUAUGGUUCUUCACGAGCAGAAAAAGUUGCAACAAAAUGGUUGCCAUUCAAGCAACGAGUCGUCUAAUAAGGUGGUGACGAAUGACAGUAGAAACAGUUCCCAAUCGACAUCCAGAGUAAACAAAGGGCCGACAGAUAAGCAGAUUGAGGUGAUUCUGGCCGACGGGCGCCGACGGAUAACACCCCUCUAUAUACCUCCUUUGGAAGGCAUUGCAUUCAGUCAACAACCGACCACUUUUAGCUCUUCCAGCGAACAGAAGACAAAGAUCGUGAUUGAAAAGCACGACGAGUCCAACAGUUCAAUGCACUGCUCGCCCAACAAACAGACCACACAAGUGGUCAAAGCGCUGCCAAACAUGAAUACCGAACCCAUUAAAGUGAACAAACCGUCUGCCGGACAGACACCCGAUCCAAGACGUAAGACCAGUAGUGGAUUAGAGAGUCCUCAGAGCAAACGAAAACCCGGUCGACCGCCCGUUCCCGGCGUUAAGGAGCCCACAAUCAAACCCACCAAUGAUUGUCCCAAAAGUAGUGUCACAACUAUUGAACCGAUGCCUAAAGCAGUGGCUAAGCACGUGUCGAGUCAUACGGCCAGAGAGGGCCGCUCUUCGCCGGCCACUAAUUACUAUUUACCGGCGCUUAAGUUGGAGAGAAUGGCGACCGUAAAAGUGACGAUGAAAUGUGAUAAUAAAAAGGACAGCACGAAGAACGCGUCGGUCGAUGUGGAGAAUUGGAUCAAUUCAAGCAAUCUGUCGGCUCUGAGGCUCAACCAGAACGAGGAGAGACAGUGGCAGGUCUUGAUAAGUGCCAGAAUCAAUGGCGUGGCCGGCAAUGAGCACCUGAUCGCCUGUGCGUGCGAUGACAACACACUAUCGGUGUUCACGACGAGCACCGGUCGACGGCUGCAGACGCCGAUCGUGUUGAACGCGCCGAUCGCACGGCUCACGUGUCAGGCCUAUAAGAUUAUGGCCAUCACUACACAAGCGCUGCUAUGGAUGUGGGAUAUGAGCCAACAUAAGGUGAUCAUCAAAGGGGAGUCACUAUUGCCGCUCCUGACCAAGCCGCACGCGUUUGACCCGAGCUCUCUUCCCCUGUCGACCAUUCAGUCGCAAACAAAGACAAACCGAUCGAUGCAUACAUUGUUCGUGACCAACGCUAACCUCCAACAGUCGGGUGUAUUGAGUUAUAUCGACCAACAGUUGGCCGCGUCUUUCGUGAUCGGGUCGGCUAAAGAGUACCGCUUUUGGCUGAUAGCGUUGGCCCAACACCUGUCCAAAGAGUCGAUGGAGAGUCGCCUGCGGGAGGUGUGUCAGUACCUGAUCGGCCCGGUUUUCAAGUCGUCUAAAAGCCAAUGGGAUCCCAAGAUAUUGGGCAACAAUAAGCACGAUAUGCUCAAAGAGGUUCUGUCUAUAUUCGCCACUAAUCUACGACUUCAACGCCUGUACACAGAAUUCAAGGAACAGUUGGAACAGAUGUCCACUCUAUGAACACUUAACAAAUACAUGACUACCUUUUUUACGGACAACUUUUUGUCUUAAAUCAUAA